UAUGAAAUCAAGGACGUACCAUAUUCACCAAUAGGAGACGAGCGUCUGUCAGGCAGUAUUUUUCCAUCAUCUGCAAUGGGAAUUUAAUUAUUUCUCGUUUUCAUCAUAUUGGCAGAUUCUUCUCGACCGAAAGAUUGAAAUAGAUAAUUAUGACAAUAUUGGGUACUUAUUUUCGUCAUUUUGGCAUUGCCAUUUUCAAGAAUAACAGGACUUUAUUAUACAAGUAUUCUUCUAACCCACCAUGGAUAAUAAAAUUUUCUCGGAAAUUUCAUAAAAGAGGAAGUAGUACAGCAGUAAAUACAGCAACAAAAUUUGACAUUGCACCUGCAAUUACACAAAUAGUCCCUACAACAAGUCAUUCUUUAAAAAUAAUAUUUAAGGAUCAUCAGGCAUGUGACUUCAAAUAUGUUUGGGUUAGUAUUCUAUUAAUUUUAUGCCUGGUUAAAGCACCUAUGCUGACUCCUGUUCAUCAGCAACGAAGGCUGAAAUUUGCACACCAGUAUAGCAACUGGACGUCCACUGAGUGGCGACAGGUGGCUUUUUCCGAUGAAUCACGUUUUGUGCUCUAUCAGACAGAUGGACGUUGGCAUAUACAGCGUGAGGCAUCUGAAAGCAAACACCCUACAAUUGCUGCAAGGGUCCAAGCUGGAGGAGGGAGCAUUAUGGUCUGGGGAAUGUUUUCGUGGCAUUCUCCAGGUGCACUCAUCAUUGUGGAAGGGUUACAAAUGUUACAUUGUUUGAAGGCAAAUGAUCCUAAGGAAAAUGGAACAGGUGUAGGUGGAAAGUCUUUCUUUGUUGAUGGUUUUUAUAUUGCCAAUUGGUUAAGAGAUGUUCAUCCUGCUGCUUUUCAUAUACUUUCUUCAACACCUGUUAAAUUUGCCAUAAAAAGUCAUUCUAUGAACUAUAGCCAGACAAUACCUGUCAUAUGCGUUGACAAUGAUGGAGAAGUUCAAGAAAUUCAUUAUAACAACCGAACCAUGGCACCUUUACAAAUACCAUCUCAUUUGGUCAUGCCCUUCUAUCAUGCUUAUCAAUUGAUGGCAAAUAAAAUGCGUGAAGAGAGUUGCCAGUUAUCGUUUCACAUGGUUCCUGGAGAUCUGGUUGCAUUUAAUAAUAGACGUGUCCUACAUGGUCGUACCAGUUUCGAUCCAACAAAAGUUACAAGGCAUCUUCAGGGAUGUUACGUGGAUAUUGAUGAAGUUUUUACUCGUUAUAAAGCCAUGAUAUCUGAAUAAGGCACUACUUACAGUAUAACUGCAUUAAAUGUACAUAUUUUGUCAAAAAAUUUGUUUUCUUGUAAAAAACUUAAAUAAUUAUCUUAUCAUAUUGGAUCUGUUUAAAAAUGUUUCAAAUUAUUAAAUCUUAAACUGUAAUUAGAAAUGAAUGUAUUAUUAAUUCAAAAUGGAUAAACCAAAUUUUAGACUGUAUCAGUCUUAAUAUUAAUUAUUUUUAAUCUCUUAAUAUAAUAUAUAAUUACAUAAUAUCAAAUGAAGAUGAUGAUGAUGAUUGUAAACUUUUACCAUUUAUUUCUUGUUUCUUUUAAUUGUAUGACGUUCUUAAGGAAAAUGAGUAAUUUUGUUUUGUUUUUAUGGCUGUAAUAUGUCUUUGAUUUUUGAUCCAAAUGUUGAAAAUAAAUAUACAAAAUAAAAAGGAUAAUUUCAU